AUGUUGGAUAUAUUGAAUAGAAUUGAUAAUAAAACAAGUUUAAACCGAAAACGAUUGAAAUCAACAACAACAACUGAAUCAACUGAAUUUUCAUAUAUAACUGGUUUUCGUUCGGAAAAUAUCCUGGCCAUAAUUGAUACAUAUGAAAAAGAUUAUACGACAAAAAAUUGUACAGUGUUUAAUGUUGAAAAAUUUCAAGAUCAAGAAAAACCAGAAGAAUUAAUUCGUAAUCAUCCUGCACUUUAUGUUUAUCAAUUGAAAUAUAUUGAUUAUAAUUUAUUAUUAUCAUUGAUACGUCGGUCAUGUACAAUGAAAUCGUUGGAGCAACAAAGUGUUAAUGAAGUUGGUGAAAAAAGUAGCGAUUUUGACGCAGACGAUGAGGAAAUUUCAUCAAAUUUAGCAUCAAUAUUGAAACAAAUUGAUAAUCAAACAACAUGGCAUGCACCGAAAACAUUGUGGUGUGGUACAGAUUUAACCACCACCACCACCAUUAUGAAUGAUUAUUGGAAUUUGGGCCCGGCUAGAUUUGUUGAUAUUUGUUGUCGUGAACAUGAAUAUUGUUCAAUCGUACUUAGACCAAAUGAAAAACGAUACAAUUUAUUUAAUGAAAGUUUAUUUAAAAUGUAUCUUUGUCAAUGUGAACAAUUUUUUUAUGAUUGUCUUAAACGUAGAAUACGUUUGGGAAAAAAUUACGGUGAUGUAAUUAGAAAUGUUUAUUUUAAACGAUCAAAUCUAAAAUGUUUACAACCAAUCGAUUGUAAUGCUGGUUGGAUUUUCGAUAAUGAAUGGCAA